CCUGAUGCUGGUGGCUCAUGCCUGUAAUCCUAGCUACUUGGGAGGCUGAGAUCAGGAGGAUCACAGUUUGAGGUCAGUUCACACCAAAGGUUCAUGGGAGCCUAUCUCUGUGGAAAAUGGCUGGGUGCUGUAUGCCUGUUGUUCCAGCAACAGUGGGAAGCAUACAGUAGGAUCUCAAUCCAGGCUGGCCAAGAGCUGGAGGUGACUAAGUGGUAGAGCACUUGCCUUGCAAACACAAAGCUGUGAGUUCAAGCUGCAGUACCAACAAAACAAAAAUGCAUAUCCAGACAAUUGGUCAUCAAAACCUCAGCAUUCAAGUAGUAGCGCACUUGCCGAGCAAGCGUGAGGCCCUGAGUUGACUCCCCAGUACUGCAAAACAGUAUGUGCAUGGGGGUCGGGGUGGGGGAAAGGGGACCUUAAGCAUAAGAACUAAAGGUGUAAAAAUUCUUAGGAGAAAAUGGGAAUAUCUUAAUGACUUUGCAUUUGGCUGUGAUUUCUUGGAUAUGACACCAAAAGCACAGUCCACAAAAGAAAAAAAAAGUAGGUAAUUGAACUUCAUCAAAAUUAAAAACUUUUGUAUAUCAUCAGAUACUAUCAAGAGAGUUAACAGACAAAACAAAGGAGAGAACACGUUUGCGAAUCACGUAUCUACCGAAGAAUUGACAUCUAGACUACAUAAAGAGCCACGACUCAAGCCAGGAGCAGUGACUCAAGCCUGCAGUGUCAUGACUCAGGAGGCAGAGACGGGAGGAUUGCAAUUCAAGUGCAGCCUGGCAGAAAGCUUAGAAGACCCUAUCUCAGCUAGUGACUGGGUGUGGUCUCACACCCCGGUGGGCGAAGCACAAAUAGGAGGACUUCAGUCCAUGCUGGCCCAGACAAACAGCCAGCACAGAAAGGGCUUGGGAUGUGGUUCAAGUUGCAGGAUGCUCACCUGGCAGUGCAAGGCCCUGACUACUGUCCUCCCACCCCGAAAAACCCCCAAAAACAAAAAAACAACUCAACAGAGGAAAAAUAGAUUUUUAGAGUCACACGUUAUAUUCAGACAGUAGAUAAAGCCUUUGGUGAAGAGCUCUAGUUUUGUGGGAGAGUGAAUAUGCAUAAAGCCUUUCCUGUUCUUUGAAAAACGUCCUGGGGCAUGUAGUAUUCAGGACAUACAUUGUCAGUUCUUUGUCUUGAAACUGUCAAGAGAAACUCAUGAUCCUCUUGCUUCAGCCUCUGCCUGCUGGGAUUACACGUGUGCACCGCUAUGCCUGGCUUCAGUACAGUCCUGGGUUCUCUUGAUGAGAACUAUACCUAGCAUCAGCUUUAGCAAAAAUAAUGAAUUCAUUUAAUGAAGAAGCAGUAUGGAACAGAAAUUUACCACGUAUGUCAUGGGGCCAGAGUGCCUUGCUUUUGAGUCCUAGCUUCUCUAGCUGAUACAACCUUGGGAAAGUUACUCCUCUGAAUACUCUGUUCAUCUGUAAAUAAAUGUCACUGCUUUAUAGAAUUAUUGUGUGGCUAAAUAAGUUAGUGUAUGUAACAUUUUUAAAACAGUGCUUGAUAUAUAUAGGAAAUCUUACUGAAAGAAGACUGCCAGUAAUAAUUUAAGCUCAACAGCUGGCCACGAUCUGAUUAUUAAUGAGAAGUUAUACUUGCAUGUUGAUUUAGGAAUGUUUUCUCUCCUUAUUCUUGCUGCCACUUUUUAGAAAACCUAUUUUUAAAAAAGCAGCUUGGUAGAUCCAUCUGCUUAUUCUUAGUGGCAUAUCACAUACUGUGACUGUACUUCCUUUUUUUUAAGGGAGGAAGGAUUUAUUUUGGCUCACUAUUUCAGAGGUUUUGGUCAAUCAUGGCAGAGGUGGUGGGAGGAGCAGAGCAGCUCACCAUGGCGGCCAGAAAGCAGAGAGAGAGCAUGCAUGAGGCCAGCAGGCUUUCUUCUCCUUCACCUUCCGUUCCUUCUGGCCCCCAGCCUAUGAGAUGAUGCCACCCUCAUUCAAAGAAGGUCUUUCUCCUUCAGUUAAUCUGGAAACAUCCUCACAGGUACACCCAAGAGGUGUGCGUGCUCAUCUCCCAGGCUUGGCUCAGUCAGAUCAAGUUGACAAUCGAGAUGAACCGUCACAGUGAACGUGCCACGUUUCCUUUUCCAUUCACCCAGUACAAAGUAGCUGGAAGAGAAGACGCUCCAUGUUCUCACCAAAACAGCUAAAUGUUUCUGGUGAUGGGUGAACUAAGAACUCUGCUCUGACCAUUGUGCAGUACUUGCCACACGGCGCUCCCUCACGACGCACAGGUGCCAGUGGAGAGAGAUAUUCUUUUGAAACCUUCCAGUAGAAGUAGUUCUCAAGAGCAAACUUCAUUUGAGCUCAGCAUAAGAAAAAGAAGAGCCUUUGGUAGACACUGAAGAAGGGACGGGGAUCUCUUCUCCUGAUCUGGGCCUCCUGUCAUGGAUGAAGAGACUCGGCACAGCCUUGAGUGCAUCCAGGCCAAUCAGAUCUUUCCUAGAAAGCAGCUGAUUCGGGAGGAUGAGAGUCUUCAGGUUCCUUUCUUUGAACUCCAUGGAGAGAGCACAGAGUAUGUCGGCCGUGCUGAGGACGCCGUCAUUGCCCUUUCUAACUACAGACUUCACAUCAAGUUCAAGGAGUCUCUUGUCAAUGUUCCGUUACAGCUCAUUGAAAGCGUCGAAUGCCGAGAUAUAUUUCAGCUCCACUUGACCUGCAAAGACUGCAAGGUUAUCAGGUGUCAGUUCUCAACCUUUGAGCAGUGUCAAGAGUGGCUUAAGAGAUUAAACAGUGCAAUCCGACCACCUGCUAAAAUAGAAGACCUCUUCUCAUUUGCAUACCAUGCUUGGUGCAUGGAGGUCUACGCCAGUGAAAAAGAGCAACAUGGGGACUUGUGCAGACCAGGGGAGCAUGUAACGUCAAGGUUUAAGAAUGAAGUGGAGCGCAUGGGUUUUGAUAUGAACAAUGCCUGGAGAAUUUCCAACAUCAAUGAGAAAUACAAGUUAUGUGGUAGCUAUCCACAAGAGCUCAUAGUGCCUGCCUGGAUCACUGACAAAGAGCUAGAAAGUGUAGCAAGCUUCAGAUCCUGGAAGCGCAUCCCUGCUGUCGUCUACAGGCACCAGAGCAACGGCGCUGUCAUUGCCCGCUGUGGACAGCCGGAGGUCAGCUGGUGGGGCUGGCGAAAUGCGGAUGACGAGCAUCUGGUGCAGUCAGUAGCCAAAGCUUGUGCCUCCGACUCCCGAUCGAGCGGGAGCAAGCUGUCAACCAGGAACAGCUCUCGGGACUUUCCCAAUGGGGGAGACCUUUCCGAUGCGGACUUUGAUUCUUCUCUGUCAAACGCGUCUGGAGCAGAGAGUUUAGCCAUCCAGCCACAGAAGCUUUUGAUCUUGGAUGCACGCUCCUACGCAGCAGCUGUGGCAAACCGAGCCAAAGGAGGAGGCUGCGAGUGUCCAGAGUAUUACCCGAACUGUGAAGUUGUGUUUAUGGGGAUGGCAAACAUUCAUUCUAUCCGGAGAAGUUUUCAGUCUCUGCGGCUGCUGUGCACACAGAUGCCAGACCCGGGAAAUUGGCUUUCAGCUCUUGAAAGCACAAAAUGGCUGCAUCACCUGUCCGUGCUUCUGAAGUCGGCACUGCUGGUGGUGCAUGCUGUGGACCGGGACCAGCGCCCAGUGCUGGUGCACUGCUCAGAUGGCUGGGACCGCACCCCCCAGAUCGUGGCAUUGGCUAAGCUCCUGCUGGACCCGUACUACCGAACCGUAGAGGGUUUCCAGGUCCUUGUGGAGAUGGAGUGGCUGGAUUUUGGCCAUAAGUUUGCUGACCGGUGUGGCCAUGGGGAGAACUCGGACGACCUGAAUGAGCGCUGCCCAGUGUUUCUGCAGUGGCUUGACUGCGUUCAUCAGCUUCAGAGGCAAUUUCCUUGCUCUUUUGAGUUCAAUGAAGCAUUCCUUGUGAAACUGGUGCAGCAUACCUACUCCUGCCUCUUUGGAACAUUCCUGUGCAACAACGCCAAGGAGAGAGGAGAAAAGCAUACUCAGGAACGGACGUGCUCUGUGUGGUCACUCCUCCGGGCAGGCAACAAGGCCUUUAGAAACCUCCUGUAUUCCUCUCAGUCAGAAGCUGUGCUGUACCCUGUGUGCCACGUGCGGAACCUGAUGCUGUGGAGUGCUGUGUACCUGCCGUGCCCAUCCCCGUCGACUCCCGUGGACGACAGCUGUGCACCAUACCCAGCCCCCGGCACCAGCCCUGAUGAUCCCCCCCUGAGCCGGCUACCAAAGACUAGAUCAUUUGACAAUCUGACCACUGUGUGUGACAGUACAGUGCCUCUGGCCAGCCGGCGGAGCAGUGACCCCAGCUUGAAUGAGAAGUGGCAGGAACAUCGGCGCUCACUGGAGCUGAGCAGCCUGGCUGGUCCUGGGGAGGAGCCUCCUGCCACCACCUCUGCACCCACCACCGACAGCCUGGGGAAGCCCAGCAGGGGGCCAGGGGGCGCUGAGCUGUCUGUGGCUGCUGGAGUAGCUGAAGCGCAGAUGGAGAACAUUUUGCAAGAGGCCACCAAAGAAGAGAGUGGAGCUGAGGAGCCUGCCCACAGGGGCGGCAUCGAAAUGCCACAGGUCAAAGAGGAGGCACCCUUACCUCAGAAGAGCAGGAGGAUGGUGACUGAGGGCUCAGUCGUUGUACUUGACCAAGAACCAGAGCUGGAUGAUGCUUCUCUGAGAAGCCAUCCAGACCGCAGCCUGUCUCUGUGUUCACAGGGUGUUCCUGAACAGCACGGUGGGCACCGUGUUCUCCCUGGUUCUCUGCAGGCCCUUCCCAAGGGAGAGGAUUCCCAGGAGGCCCCUGAGGAGCAGCCUCGAAUAGGGGACCCUGCAGAGGGUGGGGUGGAUUCGGCUCCUCCCAUCCUGGUAGAUACAAAAGUUGCCUAUGGUACCUCACCGUCUGGUUCUUUGCUAACUUCUCAAGUCCCAUUUGAGACCAGAGGACCAAAUACGGACCGUUCCAUGGACAUGUUAAUAGAAGAGACGAUGAAGUCAGAAGGUGGGCCUCAAGUCUAUCGUAGACCUUGCCUGGUAAUCAGUGGUAGGUUCAGUGGCAAGGACAUGCUUCCCCCAGCGCUGGAGCCCAGGCCUGUGGAGAGGAGCCUGGUCGAGCGACCCCAAGGUGGGUCUGCAGCACACAGGACUUCGGGCAGCACGCUUAGCCUGACACGGGUCCCUUGUGCCUUGCCUUUAGCUGAAUGUAAAGAGGGGCCUGUGUGCAACGGCACCCCAGAGACUGAAAACAAGGUCUCAGAGCAGCCUGCUGGGCUUGGCACCUUCCAGAAGUACCCCACACCCAAUGGGCACUGCACCAAUGGGGAGGCUGGGCGGAACAAAGACUCACUGAGCCGCCAGCUGUCUGCCACAAGUUGUACCUCUGCCCACUUACUCAGGAACUUGCACCACAAGUGGCUGCACAGUCAUUUGGGGAGGCCAUCCGCCACCAGCAGCCCUGACCAGCCUUCCCGCAGCCACCUGGAUGAUGAUGGCAUGCCUGUGUACACAGACACCAUCCAACAGCGCCUGCGUCAGAUCGAGUCGGGCCACCAACAGGAAGUGGAGACCUUGAAGAAACAAGUCCAGGAGCUGAAGAGUCGCCUGGAGAGCCAGUACCUGACGAGCUCUCUGCGCUUCAAUGGGGACUUUGGAGAUGAAGUGAUGACCCGUUGGCUCCCUGACCACCUGGCUGCCCACUGCUAUGCGUGUGACAGUGCCUUCUGGCUCGCCAGCAGGAAGCACCACUGCAGGGACACUGACCGUGUUGAUCAAACGUGGAAUUGUGGAAACGUGUUCUGCUCCAGCUGUUGUAACCAGAAGGUUCCGGUUCCUAGCCAGCAGCUUUUCGAACCCAGUCGAGUGUGCAAGUCUUGCUACAGCAGCCUACACCCCACAAGCUCCAGCAUUGACCUUGAACUGGAUAAGCCCAUUGCUGCCACUUCCAACUGAAGCUCAGUGACCUGGGUGGGCAGAGGCCAAGCUGCUGUUCUCUGACAGGCCCGUACAGCCUGGGCAGACCGAGGCCCAUGCACUUCGGAGUGGGGGCAUGGCACUAACUGUGCAGAGUGACAGGAAUUGGGAUGUGCCACUGGAUUGUAGGUUGAGUUUUCUUUCCCCUGCCUUCCCUUUUCCAUCCUCCUUUUGCCUUCAAAAAAGAGAAAAGUCCCCUGGUUGUCUUAAUUUUUUUUUUUUUUUUUUAAUGGAAGACCAGAGAUUGCCAGGCCCCCUGUAACCGCCAGGCUGUCUGCUGUCAGGCACCCUGAGGUGGCUCAAUACAUCUGGGUGGGCGAAGGCUGGCCAGAGCCAGGAGUGGAGGUCGGAGACCGUGAGCAGGGCAGAAAGUCAGUGCUAACGUUAGUGCCGGUCUCUCGUGCCACCACCAGGUCAGAGCAGGCUGGACACCUUGCUGCUGGCGAAGCUGGGAGCCUUGUUCCCGAGAGCACUGCCCUGUGCUCCUGAGGAGGCCGGAGGGAGGGACAUUCAGUGAGCGGGACCCUCACUCAGAGCCCCCUGGAGAAGGAAGCGUGUGCUCUUUUGAGGCAGACAAGGGCCUGGGUGGCUGGUCAGCACAUUGGCCCGAGGAGGAUUCUGUCUUUAACUUGACCCAAAUUGUCUUGGGCUCCCUUGCUUUCGUGGGGCUGCCUCCCUGGGCAUGCUGGGUAGUGCGUCCCACCCUUAGGCCUAAGGGUUCAGGCUGGCUGGAGUGUGGUAUCUUGCUGCUGUGGCCAAGACCUGCACUGAGCUGGGCACACCUGGGAGCCCCUUCCGGGUCCUCGUCCCCCAUACAAUCUUUCUUCCUCUGUCAGCACAGGGAAAUCCAGACUCAGGGUUCCAUAAGUUCCCCAUUCCCAAACCAAACAAAUCAUGGAUUUUCCCCUGAGGGGUAGAAUCAGCCUUCAGUUACAAAGGUCCCCCCACAAUCAGCCUUCCACCUCCUCCUCCCCUUCUGAGGGUAGCAGGAAGGGCCCAGCACUCUCUCUGCCCUGCUCCUGGCUGCUGUCCAGCAGUAAAGGGCCACGCAGUGACUGCAGGGUUCCUUAGAGUGACAUUUCCCGGAGGAGAUUCAGGGCACCUUUUCUCAGUGAGCUUUGAUAUGGGGCCCAAAGAGCCUUAAAUCAAGAAUCUGUAUGGUGGCGGUGGAUGUGGAGACGGGUGGAGAGUUUAGGUUUGUUGUGUAACAUUGGCAUCCAUGUUUUGUGCCUCCCUCCUGGUCAGGGUUCUGCUGAAAGCUGCUAGCUGGUGACAGGGCAGAUGGGGAGGGAGGGGAAGGUCAGGAAAUCCUGCUCCUCUGCCCUUUGGGAAGCAGCCCCUGGCAAAGCCCAGGGGAUGUGAGCGCAGCUGGCACUCGUGCUGUGGGAGUUGGCGUGGGGUCUGGGUUUAGUGAAACAGGGUGUAGCGCUCUCCCGCGCGGUCUGCUGUGCAGGUAGGAAGGCGUGGACAUGCUGGACGCCUGAGUAGUGCUAGUGACAGGUGCCAAGGUUCCGAUACGGGUUCUCGGGUCUGUUGUACAGUGUGAAUAAAUGCUUGCAGCUCUUAGCCCUUUUUUGAUCAACGAAGCACUUUUGUAUUGGUGUUUUCUUUGUAUGUAAGGAGGAACCGUAACUCUCCGUAGCUGUACAUAUAACCUUUUCUCCUAAAGAGGAGUCUGUCAGUGCUCCUAUAUUUUUCAUUUUUGUCAAAGCAAGAGGUAAAUACUUUAGAAUUGUUAAAUAUUAUAUAAAUAAAGCUAAUAAAGUUGAGUGUCCUGCACAGUGGCGUUUGCUCACCCCUUUAAUUCUUUGCCCUGUGGCCGGUUCCCUGUGUCCCUUUCCUGCUCACACAGACAUGGUUGGAGGAGGGGCUGGGAACAGACCUUUGCAAAGGGAAACGACAGAUUCCUUUUGGCUCUAGACGUUGGCAAGGAGCUGAGGCAUCGUGAGGCCCGGCGAUGCCUCAGCAGCAAAACGUUUUCUUAAUGGUUUUGCCUCUUGUGAUCUCCCAAGCAAAAAAGGGCCGAGCAGCUGGGCAUCGUAACAAUGACCUGCACGUCAGCAGUGCUUCAGCUGCCUCUGGCCUCUGGGUUUCUACUUUUGCUGCUGCUCUGAGCCCUUAGCCUCACCCCAGCUGCGGCGGAGGGGCAGGAGGAGAUGUUGGGAGGAGAAAGGUUACAAAGUGAUUCUGCCCAUUGUUUUGGAAGCGGAUAUGGGCACUGGAGAGGGCAAAAACAGAAUGAGAUGUGAUUAGAUUUGGUGGCCAAGUAGAAGUUCCCUGCCCUCCCUCCCCCGAGGCGGAAGCUCUGCUCCUGUGACUUCCGCUUCCAGCUGAGAAAAGGCGGUGGCGUCGGUCACUUCUGUCUGGACUAGAUCUGCUCUGAAGAGACAGACAGACAGACACUGCGCGGUUCCCGUCCUGUACGGCUGUGGGAGAGUAACGUGCAGUUCCUCCCUUGGGAAGGCUGAGUGGCUGGGUCUGGGGUCAGCAGCCCAGGGUCGGUGGUGAGUUGGCUCCCAAGAGUGACCUGCUGAAAGCCCCCUGGGGCCCUUGAAUUUUUGGGGCUCUAGGGUCACUUCCUACGUGUACCCUGUGUGAGCACUAAGCGCUUAAGAGCAGCUGUGACCGCUGUUGGCAGCAGGUGCCUGAGAAAAGGGAAAUGGUGUCACCUUGGUCCUUUUAGCCCACACAGGGGGCCCUGCCUUGUGUUCAGACCAAGUUGUGAGAAACCUGCGUGUCUCGUGGCCACCGUGUCUGUACCUAAGGCCUCAUGGCUUACUCCCCACCAGGUGAAAGCGCUGGCUCUGCCACUCCAGGCCGUUGGGGGCCCCAGAAGCAGGUAGGAAGAUGAAAAGCCAGGACACUGGUGAGACCUGGCCAGGAUGGCAAAGGAGCUCCCCUGUGGAGAGUGGCUGUGGGUGAAGAGCCGUUCUCAGGGCUGGGGCCUGCGUUCCUCAGGCCACCACGUGGAGGGAUUUGGUCUGAAGCAAAUUGUGACUUUGAGCCAUCAGGAUGCCCACUUCAUCCCUGCAUUUCCCUAUCCUGCCGUGCUCUCAAUACUUCUUUUUUUGUACUUUGCCUUCCUUAGAAAGUUGCCUCAGCCCAGAGGGCAGAGCUUAAGAUGGGCCAGGGCUGUGGAGAAAGUGCUGGAAACGUGGCAGGAGCUCCAGUGUUGUAGUCUCAAGGAGCUGGCUCCUGAAUUGAGGUUGCCAACAAGAUCUCGAGGGCAGGAAUAGGAGGUGACACUGAAACACCCGCCCCCGCUGUCCCCAGUGAGUAACCGUGCUGUUGGCCAUGCUGCAAACUGGGUAGAGGUCAUGGUGUCGCAGGUUCAGUGGGGAGCCUGCCGCCUUCCCUUCCGCCAGGCCAUGUCAGCCGAGCUUGGCUGGGGGGCAUCCGUAGGCUGGGACGGCAAAACCGCUACAUGCCGCCAUUGGAUCUCACUUUGCAGUCAAGGCCGGUUCGGUGAGCUUGGCCUGCGGUGCUCGCAGAAGCGUUCGCUGUACUUCUGUGCCCGCUCCCUCCCCGGCGGGUUUGUAAGAUUUUUAAAACGUGAGCUGGAUCUUGAGGCUCGGAUGCUGUGAGGAAAUGAAGCUGAGGGUUGCUGAUCGCAGUGCUGGUCUGGGUAACACCACUGAUGACCGCUGUAGCCUCACAGACUCAGUGACCCUGAAUAAACGUGUCACUGUCACCCACAAACAGUUGUUCAGUCCCUGGGUUUGUCCUUUGUUCUUCA